AGGGAGCAAAAACAUCGUAACGCUGCACGAGGCCAUUGAAGAUAGCCACCACGUAUAUUUUCUUCUGGAAUUGGCGCCCCAUGGCGAUGCUCUGCAGGCCAUCACAAGACAGAUCAACGAAAAGGGUAGCUACAGCGAGAGGGAUGCCGCCAGCUUGCUGAGACCAAUGUUCAGUGCGAUCAAGUACUGCCACGAACACAAUGUGCUGCACAGGUAA